AUAUCUGAAUGUAAGGGCGGUAAAACAGAAUUUAUGUUAAAGCGGCCUGCCAUACUCCCCGUCAUCAUUUCAUGGCUCCGGAUGAUGGAAAACAAACCAGGCUAAGCCCCGCCCACAUCUUGUAUCCAGGCGACCUACAUCCUAUGUGCGCGAGGCAUUACGUCAGCGGCAAACGUCUCUCCAGGCAGACUCAACGUUCAGAGGAGGUGACCGGGCGGCGGGAGGCUUUCUGAGCGGAAAAUAAGGCGAGAAGAGGGAAACCGAGGCGCCGGCAUUCAAGUGUGAAGAUGCAGCUUAAGUUUUCUCUACUGUGCCUUCUUUUGUUUCACUUUCCUUUCCUAUUGGCCAAAAGAGGUGGAGGCUUAGGGAAGGGCCUUGGUGGAAGAAAGGGGUCCACAUCCAGCCGAAGUGGCACUAGCAGCAACACAUGGUACAAAAGCAAUCAGGGCUCUAAUCCUCAGGGUGGACAACCCAAACAGCCAAAACAAAGCAACCAGGGAGGAUACCCAGGUGGUUACCCCAGGCAGCAGGGUGGAGGCUACUACAACCCUUAUGGAGGAAUGGGGUCACCAUAUAGCAACAGAGGGUACCCAGGUGGAUACAUCAAUGCCAACCCAAAUAAUAAAAUUUUAAGCCCUCGCUAUGGUGGCAGCUUUGGCUAUGGAGGGUAUGGCUCGAGGGGUGGCUCUCCAUUUUCCCAGUCAGUCCAGGGAAUGGGUUUGUUUCCUAACAGCAACUCCAGAGGGUUUGGACGCUCAGCAAUGAUAGCAGCGGGUGGAGGGGCUGUGGCGGGGAUGGCCCUGGGUUACGGAUUGGGAAGGUUCCCCCGGCCCAAUUUUCAUUUUCACAACGCCCAACAAGAGUACCACUACAACCACUACAUGUACAGGAAAUAUGGUACCCGUUCAACUGACGCCAACGACUACAGCAGAGACUAUCGCUUCAAUACUCCCCCAGGAAACUACGACGACUUCAUGGACGACUGCAUGAAGAGAAUUGACCUGUCUGCAGAGAGUCAAAAGCCACUAAGUAAACCAACCAGCAGGACCCCAAGUAGAGCGUCCACCCCUUUAACCAACAACACGACAAACACCACCACACCUUCAAGUCCAUCGUCACAGGAAUCCAGCAGUGCUGAAGACGACGGCACAGUCAGCAUAGUAGAGAUUGGCUAUCCGGCACUGAUCGAGCAGCUAAAGGUCAGGAAGUGCUUGGAGCGAUACAUGGUUAACUCUGAUCAAUACUUAGUGAGACAGAAUGGAGGAGCUCAGGCGCUGACGUUAGGCCUGCCGGGGGUUUUAUCUGCAGCCUUUGCUACAACAUUGAUGAUAAUUAAUAGCAACAUAAUAAUGUUGCUGCACUGACAGCAUUUGCAGGGUGAAUCAGUUGAGAUUUUGCCAUCCUCCUCUCUACCUGGAAGAAUAUUAAAACAUGGAAGUAGAAAAAAGCUUCUUUUACAUUGCAAAAACAGUCUUACCAAGUAUUUUUGUCUAGUAUGAGAAAAAAUGUGUUAGUAAAAUAAUUAUCAGUUGAACUCAUCCUUUUUUAAAAUCUCUAUUAAGAAAUAUUGACUUAAAGCAAGCUCCCAUAUCUUGCUGAAGAGUUACCCGUAAG